AUGGGCGGAACUUUCGGCAGGCGAAAAGGCAGCGCGAGCUACACAGCAGACUUUCAACUUCGGUUUGAUCCUGGCAGGAUUGGCGGAGUAGCAUACGUUUUAUACACCGAUGUUUUCUCCCUCGAUAGCAAGACUGCGCACUUCAACCGAGUUGUCGACAGAAUCAAAAGCGACCCUAAGUGCGUCGAGUUGCUUGGAGACCCCAAGAAGAUUUCGGCCCAUGGAGACGAAACGUACAACAAGUGGCGUCGGGCUCGCCCCAUUGCUUCGACGAUAAGUACCGACUCGAGAGGCCAUGAACACCUGGUGAUGCACUUCUACGUCGAAGGACCUCUCAACAGAGGAACGGUCUACUUACAUAUGAUCAGAACGCCCAGCAGCGGCGAGUUCGAGUACAAGUAUCUCUAUCUUGACGUCAAGGGGCAUCACAGAAUCUACUUGGAGAAUGCGGAUACGGGAACAGGCUCUGGGAAGAAGGGUUUCCGCUUUCUUGGUAUCAGCUGGUGA